AUGCAGGUACAAUGCAGGUUCUGUCAAAAUUAAAUUGUUGAAUAAAUCAUUGAUGUCAAAGACCUCUUAACUUUGGGUAAUCUCAUCUUGUGUGUAAGACAAGGCACAGUUUUUACUACAGCUGCCACAGGUCUAAAGGUUAAAUUUUUUUAAGCUAAUUUGAUUCUCAGUUUGCUUUGUCUCUUAGGGCUGUGUCGAGACAGGAAAUUGAGAGUCACCUAGGUUAUCAAAAUUACCCUGAAAUCAAAUUUGACCUGUAACAGGUAUUCAAAAAUAGAUCGUUUUCACUGUCACGCAACAAAAAAUUAAAUUGGAAACUGUCCAGUGGAAGAAGCCAAGAAAAUGAAAUGUUGUAAAAGACUAAUAUAUAAACAAUUUUUCCAAGUCUCAGGUCUUUGUGGCCCAUAGUUUCUGAGUUAUUUGCCGAAACGUUUCACGCACCUUUGUAGAGCUUUGUAUGGAGACGCCAUAUUGGUGCACCGUUUUGGUGCACCAAUAUGGCCGCCGGAAAUCAACAAAAACAUCUGGAGUUCAUUUUUUCUAUAAAAGCUCUUUCUUUCACUCGAGAACUAGCAUAUACGUACACAUAAACAUAUCUUCUAAUACUUGAAAUGGUUAUACUGCUGAAAAUCAAGAGGAGAGACUUUUUUUCAACGAGAUAGCAUUCCUAUUCUGGUGUCACGCACUGUGAAAACUCGGAAGUUCAAAUUGCUGUAUUUGCGAAACGAAACAUGCUACGGAAACGGAAACCUGUACAAAGAUUUACUUUUUGUUUAUCUUCAACUUAAUCUAAAUAAGAAUUCGUAAAACCUCGCUAUUUGGACUUUACAAUUUGAUGACGUCACAGUGAAAACCAUCUAUAGGCUUAGUGAAUGUGAAUGUCCUGGCGUCAAGGCCAUGAUUGGGUUGAUGGUGUUUUUGGUUCUCUUCUCUGCUCUGAGAGGUUUACGUUAUAUCUGUGAUCCAGUUUUCCCCUUUCCCGAAAAACCAACUUGUUCAAAUUCCUAAUUUUGUAUUAGCUUGUUACUUUUUUAACUUCAAAGGAAACUAUAUGUAUUUUUAAUUUCGCUUAUUGCAUUCUAUAGGGAAGAAUCACUAAAGUACUGAACAUGAAACCUCCUGAAGUAAGUUUUGCAAAAACUUUAAGUAACACUUCAAGCAGUUGCAGUUGGUAAGAAGCAUUGCUUUCGGUGGUAAAUUUUACCGGUUACCGCCUGGUAAGGGCAACACUGAGGAUGUUACUAUCACGGUGACCUUAUGAUACAUUAUGUAGCAAUUACUACUUAUGUAGUUGUACAGCCACACGUAGUAACGUACCAUGUCACUUCCACUGUUUUUAUUUUUGGCAUUAAAUUAAAUGUUACAAUACUUUGUAUAUGCCCAGCAACUUGAAAUCUAAAUGACAUCCCUGGAUAAAUGAAUAGAAAUGUUUAUCCUGUUUGUAGAUUUUGUCCAUGAUAGAAGAAGCAGCAGGAACAAGAAUGUAUGAGAGUAAAAAGCAAUCUGCUCAGCGCACCAUUGAGAAGAAAGACAGCAAGCUGCAAGAGAUUGAAACUGUAAGAUCCUCAUUUAACUUUGUGUUUUGAUGGUAAUCUACUUUGCGUUGUGAAAAUUUAUAGUACAUACAAUGUAAUAUAAAAACACUAAAAAGCUUCCAUAUACAAUGUACAUGCAGUUACACGGUACUUAUACAUGUUGUGAUACAGUAAGUGUAAUUUUGCUUACUAAUGUAAAAUAAUAAUGAAGCUUCCAAUGUCUAGUGCGGAAGUACUGAAUGUGUACAACUCAAAUUUUUGUUUAUCUUUUUCUUACCUUUAGUUUAUAUUUGAUUUGAAAUUAACGACUUAUCAAAUUCUUUUUAUUUAUACAUGUACCGGUAUAUGUUAUGCCAAUGUAACAAUAUUUUUCAGAUUUUGGCUGAGGAAAUAACGCCGACAUUGACAAAGCUGAAAGAGGUACGUUAACUAAAAAACAGCUUUUAUUAUGUGCAGUUUCUUGCACAAAAUCAUAAUUGCCAAACACCUAAUGUUUCAGGAACUUAGUUGAUAAAAGUUGGACCUUAUUUAAUAGUCAUAUCCAAUCAAUAGCCUGGCUGCACCAUUUUCUACAAGUGUUAGAACUUGCUACUGGGUUAAUGGGCCAGUUGAAAAGAUGUCAAGAAAGCUUUCUCUCUGUGAUACUCCAAGCCUUUGCAAUACCAAGCCAAAUCUGGUGCAUGGUCAGCUUCAGUGUAGGUCUUUAUGUUGCUCAAGACUAUUUAUGUGGACAAGAAUCUUUUUGUGAAGACCACUCUCACAAAAAUCAUCAAAAUACUGUGAGUGGAGUGUUUGUCAGCUGCCGGCUUAAGGUUGACAAAUGCACGAGUGACAUUCACUUUAACAUCUGUUAAUUGUUGGCCAAUUGUCGUCAACUGUCAGCUAACAGAUUUUUUGGGAUGUGUGCAUUAAUGUGUACACAUUUACUGAAUCUCCUAGUUUGAUGCAAACUGUGAUUUCCCUGUUUGUAGGAAAGAGCCUCAUAUCUUGAAUACCAGAAGGUCAUGCGGGAAGUUGAACACCUCUCAAGACUGUACAUAGCUCACCAGUUUGUAAUGGCUGAGGUAAAACAGUGGUACUUGAACAAUCUAUUUUUAUCUUCAUCUGGAAAAGCCUUCAAAUUGAUCCAGGCACUGGUAUGGUUACUGUUGCUUUUUUUUUCUUUUAGGAUGUACAGAAAAGAUCUGUAACUGAACUUGAGGAAAUACGAGAAAGCAUAAGGAAACUCCAGGAAAAUUACAAGGAGGUGAAGUCUGUCAAGAAUUUAAAUAUGCCAUGUGCAAAGAAAGUGGUUUUCUUCUAGCGCAACAUUUUUUAACAUUUAAUUUUUAAAUUGAUUCAAUUGCAAAUAUUUUUUUGUACGGGUACUCUUGUAGAUUGAAGAGAAAGUGCUAGAACUUAAUGUUGUCAUCACUGAACUGGAAACAAAGAGAAAUGCUGUAAGUAUUUUAUGAUAGAAAAUUCUGUGAACAGUCAGAGAGAGUGCAAAUUGUUUCAAAAAAAUGUCAAUUCCUUUCUUAGCAUUUUCCUUGAUCACUGUUUUAUAAAACAAUCAAGAAAUGACUGCCUUGUCAGAUAGUUAAUAUGGUUUUUUCCACGUUUGAGUAACCAAUAGAGACAUACAUGUAAUUUCUUUCUGAUGAAAAUGUUUUUCUUCCGUCAGGAAUCAGGAGAAGUGAUUGCAAAGUUGGAGAAAAAAUUUGAUGAAGUUUCUAAGGUACCCAUUGCCUUGGCAUGUUUUUCAUUAUUAUUAUUUUCAAGUUUUUACUUAGUUUGAAUAGUGUCAUGUGGCACUUAAGAUUUUAAGGUCUUGGGAUUAGGAGGGUGUAUAUGUGUUGAAUUUUAGGGCAUUAACCCCAGGGCUGUGCUCUAGCAGAGCCCGGUGACCCCUGGCGCCCAACUUUUGCCCUCGGGCGACUAGAAAAUCUUAGAUUUUUCAUACAAAUCAUAUGCUGGGCACCCUAGAUUUUACAGUUUCAGAGCACUGGGCUCCCUUCAAUUUUCCUUAGAGCACGGCCUUGAACCCAUUCGCCCCUGUGCCGCUGUAACCGCCUGUGAACCACGUUGCUUCUACUGCUUGUGACAUCGUCUUUCUAAAAGUUUUCCUGAAAACUUCCCACCAAAAUGAAGCCUACUAAAUGCUUAGCAAAAGAAAAAAAAUGAGGCAAGAAAAGCGAAAAAAGAGGGGAGGAGAGAAAGCAAAACGUAUCUCAAAAUUUUGCUUUCUGUGCAUGCCCAAACCUCGCUGGCUAAUAUUUUGUUUCUGGAUCAGAAGGCCACAAAAUGUACGACCUGUAAACGGCUUUGUGGUAAGUUUUGCCUCUUUAUAGCACGACGGUGAGCAGAAAACCGCUUGACUAGUUUCAAAACACAUUUUUUGGCAAAAUUUCCAGGGGCAAUGGGUCAAAUGCCCUGAAAUCCUCUUGUGAGAGACCUUUGAAUUUUUGCAUUUUGGGCGGUCACUUUUGGGACGUUCAACUAUUGUCAGAAGUCACUAGCAGAGCUAGAAAAAAACUUAAUUGAAUUCCAGCUUUUUUGCAGAGGGGUGGGGGGGGAGGGCAUGCAGCUCUGACAUUUUGCUUGCCCAGGGCUGUUUUUUGCUCCUCUUUGGUAAUAGUGAGCUUACGCAACUGGACAGAAGAGGAAAGAAGACAUAGACGGCAAACCUUGUGUGACAAGUGUGACAAUAAUUUUGUUUCUUUCUUAGAAUAUCAUUAAUUCCAAAGGCUGGCUUGAAGAGAUUUAUCUGUUCAGCAUAUAUACAAAAAUAAACUUUCCAGUUACAAUGAGAAUCAACAGUUAUUAGCAUGGAUACUUACAGUGUAACUAGUGAAGGAAUUUGCCAUAAGACGUAAUUAUUGUGGUUUCUGUCAACAGAUUGAUGUGAAAGCAAAUUCUGAUCUCAAACAUGUAAAAGACUCCCUGGCAGCAGAGAAGAAAAAGAAGAAAACACUUCUAAAAAGCUUUGAUGAUGUAAGUUUAUGGUAUUGCUGUAAUUGUAAAUCUAUUAUUUUGUGUAUUUUACAACUCUACUGGAAGCUAGGAGCUGCCUCCCAGCUUACCUUUACCAGAAUUUCAUUGCUUCUUAAUAGCUUGUACUUCAUAAAAAGGACCAAGCAAUAACUGCAUUUAAUUUACUUCAUUGUUUUGACCUUUCCAAGGAUCAAUCUCAACUGAAAAACAAAGAAAAAGAACUAAAGAAGCUAAGUGAUCUUCUUGUGAAGCUGGAGCAGACAAGCCAAGCAGACAGCAAUGCAGUUCAAGCAGCUCAGGAUCAUUUCCAUGCUGUGUCGGCAGGAUUAUCCAGUAAUGAAGGAGGAGAAGACAAGACACUUGCCGACCAAGUCAUGAGUAUGUUCACCUGUGCACCUGUGUUAUCACUAAAUAAUAAACUCUAAACUAGAGCAAAAUUAAUUAAAGUAAGCCUAAAAAUACUUUUUUUUUUGUCAAGCGACAAAAAAAUAAUCCCCACCCAACUUCUCUUUUAUGCCUUCCACCCAGGGACUGGGUAUUGACCACUCCAGAAAAUACCAUAACAUACCAUAAUGCUCUUUUGUUGACACCCCAAAAUUUUGCAUAAGCAUUGUUUUCAGUUUCUCUUGGGAGUUAAAAUGGCCCCAAGAGAAAAUGAAAACAAUGAUUAUGCAAAACUUGUGGGUGACAAACAAAGAGCAUUAUGGUAUGUUAUGGUAUUUUCUGGAGUGGUCAAUUGAAAUUUGCCAUUUGUUUAAAAAGCUUAAAUGUGUGUUCGCAUCAGUUGAAUUCCAAAAAUAAUGGCAUAGUUUUGUUACUUGAGACUAUAUUUAGGUUGUUGCAACUGUUCCCUGUUAUCUUUCCCUGUGGUUGGUAAGGAUUGACAUAGAUUGAAACUUAAAGAAGUUGGUCCAACGUUUUCAAGUUUUAAUUCUAUGCCAGCAAAAAUCAUGUAACAAAUUAUUAUUGUUGGUGUUCCUUGAUGAAAUUUGGUUUGAUAUCUUCUUCGCAACUCUACUGGAACAUUUUGUGUAUGGGUGAAGACAUUAAGUAAUGACUUCAGCACAGAAUUCAGGGCGUGGUGAGUGAACUUCUAUGCAGUGAGGAGGAGGCUAUUCAAAUUGGUGUGAUAUGUACCUGGGAUUGGGGCUCAUUGCAGGUUUGUCAGCUAUAACUGCAGGGUUCUCUCUCUCUAUGCUGUAGGUGGCUAUCCACUGAUUUCCCAGAUGCUUGUGUCAGCACAAGUAUGACAACUUUUCUCCCUCUUUUCUUGAUCCACAGCAUACAAGAAUGAAAUCAGCUCUGCCGAGACUGAAUCCAAACAGGCUCAGAUGAAGUAAGUCAGGUUUUUCCAUUUUUCCAGUCCAAGACCUGAUUUUCUUGUCUUCAAAAUCAAAUGUUAGGGUGCAAAGUAUAUUUUACAGCUUGUUUUGGGGCAAGCUAAAGCUAGCCUGUACUAGCCCAAGGGUCAAAGUUUUUGAUUAGCACAAUUGAUCACAGUUCUUCUGUAAUUUGAAUUCCCCCAAAAAACUUCACUUGCCUGUUACACCAUGGGUAAGUUAAGAACAGAAUUCUUGCCCAGUAGCAAAAUCUACUAGCCCCAGCCCCAGGCAUGACUUUCUCUGUGUGCUGGAUGUCAUUGUGUUAUUGAUUGAUUGAUUGAUUGAUUUACAGAUGUGGUAAAGUACAAUGGUGUAUUUGACUAAUUUGAAGGUGACUGGAAUAAAGUCUCAAGUGAUUUCCUAUAAGCUGCUAAAUUCUUGCUCUAAAUUGUCAGGUGUUUGUUUUUAAAAUGAAGAGAGAAUUAAACAUUUUGCCAGAGUCACUUGAUGCCUUAUUUCACACAUCCUUCAUUUUCACUCACAAAGCUACAUGUAGAGGAACUUGUACCCCUUCAUUGAAGACCCUAAUAUAAUAAGCAAUGCUCCUCAACCAGUAACAGUAGGGUUCCGUGCACCUAUAGGAAGCCUACAUGGAAUACCAUGUGGAACAAAGUCUGAUCAUCUGUCUAUACAUUACACUACAAUUUUGUUUUGUCAAGGGAUCAUCUUUACGCUUUCUGUCCACCCCCUCCUUGUAGACCCACAAUGGAGGACAAAAGAACUUGGGACUGGGUGAAAAAGCCCUUCCAAGUAAUUGUUACGUUGGACUCUGCUCCUAACAACAAUUUUUUGUUCAGCUUUGGGUUCAUCCCAUCGUCCCCACUCCCGCCCAGCAAUUUUGUUUGGGGUGGGAGGGGAGGGGUCGCCAGUUUUACUUAUAUCACUGGAAAGGUCCCAUGGAAAGGUCUUAUGGAAUGUUCUAUCUAUCCAGGCAAACAGUAGGGGUGGGGGGACAAAGUGGGGGACUGGGGAGAGACAGGUGUAACGCUCACAUGCUACAUUACAAUCACCUUGAAAAUUCGAUUUUGAGGGAAAAAACCACUGUUUUGCAGUCUAACCCAGCCAUUUUAUGUGCAGAAUUUGUAGUUUUCCAAAAUGUGUGACUUGAAUUUUUCUUUUCUUUUUUCAGAUUGAAGCAUGCACAAUCAGAGUUAAAGAAAAAGCAGUCAGAGCUAAAAAACACUGAGAAAAGUUACAAGAAAGACAAGGAUGUUUAUGAUGCAAUUGAAAAAAGUAAAACUAAACUUGAGGUAAGUGAAAUGUCUGAUGACCUCUUGCUUUGUAGACUCUUAUCAUCCUUUGUGGCUCUAUUUUUGGAGAUAUCAAUGUAACAUGAUUGAAAAACAAUUAGGAUUGUUAUAUAGCUGGAAAUGUUUUGCCAACAGCGCAUGCUUUCAUUGGUUACUUUGAGGUCACAUGAUAUCCAUUAAUGAAACUGUUUCCCGCCAAAAUCUCUGAGUGGGCAACGUUGCAAAAUCUAUGACGUCAGAGGGUAACAGUGCGUUGUUACCCGCAAAUGUUGAUCUACGACCGCCGUUACAGCAAGGUUUAAUAAAUUUCCAGCUAUAUAACAAAUCACUUAAAGACUGUCACUCUGGAAACAGUCAAUUUUGUUUUCCCCAAGAAUCUCAAAGUUUCCCUCGUCUCCGCUUCGGCAAACAAAAUUAACUGUUUCCCUCGGGACCAGUCAUUCACUAAGUAUUUAAUGUUCCACUUUAAAUGGUAUUUCCUCAAAAGAUGUACCAAACCUAUGAUGCUCUUGGUUUGUCUUAGGUCAGUUUGGCUAGCAAGUAAAAACAAUAAUACUUUUGCUAUUGCAGUAAAUUAAUUUUGCAUUUUUGUAAAGGAUGAAAUGAGAAAGCUUAAUUAUGAAGAAGGAAAAGAGGAAAUGCUCACUGCAAAAAGGUGUGUGGUGACUGUUUAUUGUUUCAUGUGUAACCUACGUGUCCCAUAACAAGUCUCUUCUAGCGAUUGCUACUAAAUCUAGUGACUCCCAAAAAUUGCCAGAAAAAUCACUGACUUGUGGUUGCCACAGUAUCAGUGAUUUUAUUACAGUCGACGUCCGAUAAUUCGAACCUUCAAGGGAAAUCGAAAAACGUUCGAGUUAUCGGGAGCUCGAAGAAAAUAGCCGGGAGUAAGAAAAAAAACAGUUCUUACUUAGUCACGUUUAAUUGUAGAAAUGUCAAGUGAAAAUUAAAAGAUACUUCUAGAUUAUAAAUCAGAACGUAACGUAUCAAAACAUGGCCUAAAUGGAGCAUGCGAAUGUGAACAUGGGUGACGUUGUUUAAGUUUUUAUUUAGCUAAUGCAGUUAAUGCAAGGUCAGAAAAACUUAUUUAGAGGUCGUAAGAAAUGUACUAUUUCUUGUCGUUUCAGGCGUGAGUUGGAGGCUGAAGUUUCGAAUCUGAGAGAGAAAGUGGAAACUCUUGAGGCCAAGUAUGUGCUAUGACACUUUUUCUAAAUUGCCAUCCAGGAAAAAAUACGUUGAAUGGUACACAUGUACAAUGUGUUUAUAAGUAAAAUUCGGCUAUCACAUUUCAUUUUUCCAUUUACAAAGGGUGUCCUUUGCAUCUUUAUUGUCAAGUUUAGUUUGAGCUCUGAAAAUGGCUAUUCCUUUUUAUCCUUAGGUUUCCAAACCUUCAGUUUGAAUAUAAGGACCCAGAGGCAAAUUUUUGACCACUCCAGAAAAUACCAUAACAUACCAUAAUGCUCUUUUGUUGACACCCCAAAAUUUUGCAUAAGCAUUGUUUUCAGUUUCUCUUGGGAGUUAAAAUGGCCCCAAGAGAAAAUGAAAACAAUGAUUAUGCAAAACUUGUGGGUGACAAACAAAGAGCAUUAUGGUAUGUUAUGGUAUUUUCUGGAGUGGUCAAUUGAAAUUUGCCAUUUGUUUAAAAAGCUUAAAUGUGUGUUCGCAUCAGUUGAAUUCCAAAAAUAAUGGCAUAGUUUUGUUACUUGAGACUAUAUUUAGGUUGUUGCAACUGUUCCCUGUUAUCUUUCCCUGUGGUUGGUAAGGAUUGACAUAGAUUGAAACUUAAAGAAGUUGGUCCAACGUUUUCAAGUUUUAAUUCUAUGCCAGCAAAAAUCAUGUAACAAAUUAUUAUUGUUGGUGUUCCUUGAUGAAAUUUGGUUUGAUAUCUUCUUCGCAACUCUACUGGAACAUUUUGUGUAUGGGUGAAGACAUUAAGUAAUGACUUCAGCACAGAAUUCAGGGCGUGGUGAGUGAACUUCUAUGCAGUGAGGAGGAGGCUAUUCAAAUUGGUGUGAUAUGUACCUGGGAUUGGGGCUCAUUGCAGGUUUGUCAGCUAUAACUGCAGGGUUCUCUCUCUCUAUGCUGUAGGUGGCUAUCCACUGAUUUCCCAGAUGCUUGUGUCAGCACAAGUAUGACAACUUUUCUCCCUCUUUUCUUGAUCCACAGCAUACAAGAAUGAAAUCAGCUCUGCCGAGACUGAAUCCAAACAGGCUCAGAUGAAGUAAGUCAGGUUUUUCCAUUUUUCCAGUCCAAGACCUGAUUUUCUUGUCUUCAAAAUCAAAUGUUAGGGUGCAAAGUAUAUUUUACAGCUUGUUUUGGGGCAAGCUAAAGCUAGCCUGUACUAGCCCAAGGGUCAAAGUUUUUGAUUAGCACAAUUGAUCACAGUUCUUCUGUAAUUUGAAUUCCCCCAAAAAACUUCACUUGCCUGUUACACCAUGGGUAAGUUAAGAACAGAAUUCUUGCCCAGUAGCAAAAUCUACUAGCCCCAGCCCCAGGCAUGACUUUCUCUGUGUGCUGGAUGUCAUUGUGUUAUUGAUUGAUUGAUUGAUUGAUUUACAGAUGUGGUAAAGUACAAUGGUGUAUUUGACUAAUUUGAAGGUGACUGGAAUAAAGUCUCAAGUGAUUUCCUAUAAGCUGCUAAAUUCUUGCUCUAAAUUGUCAGGUGUUUGUUUUUAAAAUGAAGAGAGAAUUAAACAUUUUGCCAGAGUCACUUGAUGCCUUAUUUCACACAUCCUUCAUUUUCACUCACAAAGCUACAUGUAGAGGAACUUGUACCCCUUCAUUGAAGACCCUAAUAUAAUAAGCAAUGCUCCUCAACCAGUAACAGUAGGGUUCCGUGCACCUAUAGGAAGCCUACAUGGAAUACCAUGUGGAACAAAGUCUGAUCAUCUGUCUAUACAUUACACUACAAUUUUGUUUUGUCAAGGGAUCAUCUUUACGCUUUCUGUCCACCCCCUCCUUGUAGACCCACAAUGGAGGACAAAAGAACUUGGGACUGGGUGAAAAAGCCCUUCCAAGUAAUUGUUACGUUGGACUCUGCUCCUAACAACAAUUUUUUGUUCAGCUUUGGGUUCAUCCCAUCGUCCCCACUCCCGCCCAGCAAUUUUGUUUGGGGUGGGAGGGGAGGGGUCGCCAGUUUUACUUAUAUCACUGGAAAGGUCCCAUGGAAAGGUCUUAUGGAAUGUUCUAUCUAUCCAGGCAAACAGUAGGGGUGGGGGGACAAAGUGGGGGACUGGGGAGAGACAGGUGUAACGCUCACAUGCUACAUUACAAUCACCUUGAAAAUUCGAUUUUGAGGGAAAAAACCACUGUUUUGCAGUCUAACCCAGCCAUUUUAUGUGCAGAAUUUGUAGUUUUCCAAAAUGUGUGACUUGAAUUUUUCUUUUCUUUUUUCAGAUUGAAGCAUGCACAAUCAGAGUUAAAGAAAAAGCAGUCAGAGCUAAAAAACACUGAGAAAAGUUACAAGAAAGACAAGGAUGUUUAUGAUGCAAUUGAAAAAAGUAAAACUAAACUUGAGGUAAGUGAAAUGUCUGAUGACCUCUUGCUUUGUAGACUCUUAUCAUCCUUUGUGGCUCUAUUUUUGGAGAUAUCAAUGUAACAUGAUUGAAAAACAAUUAGGAUUGUUAUAUAGCUGGAAAUGUUUUGCCAACAGCGCAUGCUUUCAUUGGUUACUUUGAGGUCACAUGAUAUCCAUUAAUGAAACUGUUUCCCGCCAAAAUCUCUGAGUGGGCAACGUUGCAAAAUCUAUGACGUCAGAGGGUAACAGUGCGUUGUUACCCGCAAAUGUUGAUCUACGACCGCCGUUACAGCAAGGUUUAAUAAAUUUCCAGCUAUAUAACAAAUCACUUAAAGACUGUCACUCUGGAAACAGUCAAUUUUGUUUUCCCCAAGAAUCUCAAAGUUUCCCUCGUCUCCGCUUCGGCAAACAAAAUUAACUGUUUCCCUCGGGACCAGUCAUUCACUAAGUAUUUAAUGUUCCACUUUAAAUGGUAUUUCCUCAAAAGAUGUACCAAACCUAUGAUGCUCUUGGUUUGUCUUAGGUCAGUUUGGCUAGCAAGUAAAAACAAUAAUACUUUUGCUAUUGCAGUAAAUUAAUUUUGCAUUUUUGUAAAGGAUGAAAUGAGAAAGCUUAAUUAUGAAGAAGGAAAAGAGGAAAUGCUCACUGCAAAAAGGUGUGUGGUGACUGUUUAUUGUUUCAUGUGUAACCUACGUGUCCCAUAACAAGUCUCUUCUAGCGAUUGCUACUAAAUCUAGUGACUCCCAAAAAUUGCCAGAAAAAUCACUGACUUGUGGUUGCCACAGUAUCAGUGAUUUUAUUACAGUCGACGUCCGAUAAUUCGAACCUUCAAGGGAAAUCGAAAAACGUUCGAGUUAUCGGGAGCUCGAAGAAAAUAGCCGGGAGUAAGAAAAAAAACAGUUCUUACUUAGUCACGUUUAAUUGUAGAAAUGUCAAGUGAAAAUUAAAAGAUACUUCUAGAUUAUAAAUCAGAACGUAACGUAUCAAAACAUGGCCUAAAUGGAGCAUGCGAAUGUGAACAUGGGUGACGUUGUUUAAGUUUUUAUUUAGCUAAUGCAGUUAAUGCAAGGUCAGAAAAACUUAUUUAGAGGUCGUAAGAAAUGUACUAUUUCUUGUCGUUUCAGGCGUGAGUUGGAGGCUGAAGUUUCGAAUCUGAGAGAGAAAGUGGAAACUCUUGAGGCCAAGUAUGUGCUAUGACACUUUUUCUAAAUUGCCAUCCAGGAAAAAAUACGUUGAAUGGUACACAUGUACAAUGUGUUUAUAAGUAAAAUUCGGCUAUCACAUUUCAUUUUUCCAUUUACAAAGGGUGUCCUUUGCAUCUUUAUUGUCAAGUUUAGUUUGAGCUCUGAAAAUGGCUAUUCCUUUUUAUCCUUAGGUUUCCAAACCUUCAGUUUGAAUAUAAGGACCCAGAGGCAAAUUUCAAUCGCAGUAAGGUCAGUCAAAAAUGCUGUUUACUAGCGUAAGGUACUGGUGCUUUCUCAGUUCAUGGAGCGGUACAGUUAAAUUGUAGGAGGUGGUUUGCUGUAAUAGACUGAUUCGAAAGCCAAAGUAAAGAAGACUUUGUUUUAUUUAUUUAAUUAAAAAAAGCUUUUCAUCAACGGUAAACUAUCAAACUAGUGGAGACCACCGUUUUUAAUUCCCGAAGUAGCUGCGAGAGCUUUGACUGUAUUACAAACUCGUGUAUACAUAUACUGGCUUGCUUAUGCAGUCGACUCCCGAUAACUCGAAUCAAAAUCGAUUUCCCUUGGAUUUUCUUCAUUCAAUACUGUUUUUUACCCUCGAUAACUCGAACCUCCCGCUAACUCGAAGUAAUUUUUAUUUUCCUUCAGAUCAGUUCUAUACAAUUUUACUCUCGAAAAUUCGAAUCAUGUUUUAAGCGCGUGAAACUUCGAAAAGAACGCAGUGAACUGCAGUCCAAAACACUGAAUUUCUCUCAAAACGAUAGUGUUUUCUUUUUCUUUUAGAUUCUUUACUUUUUUGUCGGAGUCCAAUUCAAAUACAAUGUUUAGCGCUGUACUGACUAAUCAAAGCUUCGUUGCUCGACUUCUUUUUCAAAAUAUCAAUAUAUCUCUUGCUGCCCUUGAAGAGAAGUGUACAUGAUACGUGUACUUGCAUUCCUCCCCUAUCUCAUUCAGUCCUUAGUUUUGGUUAUUUGCUUCGAACUCCCUAUAACUCAAACUGUUUUGAAGGUUCGAGUUAUCGGGAGUCGCCUGUAAAAAGGUCUGUUAGACCUUUUUACCGAUACGGCGGCCAUAUUGAAUUAAUUCGAUUUAAGGAGUAUUAUAGGAUGCUCAGGGGGCAUGAGCACAUUUCGUUUGUAUUUUUGAGCGCUUUUCGGGACAUUUUUUGUUAAAGUUUUCUUAGAACAAGAUUGUAAUGAGAGAGAAGAUCCUUGUGCCGUGUUUGGAUGUAAUAGUGAUCGCCUUUUUCUAGUUUAGUAUUAGAAAUAUUGUCUUUCACUGUAUAUUUCUCGGGAAAAAGGCGAUCAUUAUCACAUCCAAACAAGGCACAGGGAUCUUUUUUCCCAUAACAAUCUUAUUCUAACAAAACUUUAAUAACAAAUGUUCCGAAAAGCGCUCCAAAAUACAAACGAAAUGUGCUCAUGCCCCCUGGGCAUCCUAUAAUACUCCUUAAAUCGAAUUAAUUCAAUAUGGCCGCCGUAUCGGUAAAAAGGUUUAUUCAAAGGGCUUGAAACAGUGUGUACAUGUAUGUCCAUUGCACAGGUCAAAGGUUUAGUGGCCCAGCUUAUUCAAGUCAAAGAUGUGUCAACUGCUACUGGACUGGAGGUUACUGCUGGUCCAAAGGUAAAUACAUUGGUAUUAAGAAUGGGAUAUCAUUAAACAAUCAAUCCCGGCUAGCAUGACAGAUUUAUCUAACUGCGCACUGAGUGUGACAUUAUUGACUUCAUGAUUCAUGAAUAUGUUUCUUACAGUUUCUGGCCCUAUAAAGGCUAUUUUAGCAAGUUUUAAUGUUUUGGUCUCUCACCUACUAAGAAGAAGACUAGGGAAAACUCGGCUGUGCCAGAGCAAAAAGCCCAAAAAUUGUCUUCAUUCUAAUCUCCUUCAAUCGCUCCAAAACUUCGCUUGAGCUUAGAACAAAGAUUUCCCUUCCUUGAAAAUGUCAAUUUAGUUCCAAAUAUCAAGUCAUGACCUCAAGACGACGAGAAAUGUGGCAAAAAAAUUUGACCUUAGCCCUUCCUUGGAUUGGUUCUUCAUCGUACUGUAGCUACCGAUGGCCGUUGCUCUUGGCUUAGUGGCCACGCGGCACGUUCAAAAUCCCCUCCCCGAUCACGCAAUGCUUAGUUUUGAGAAAAUCGUGUUGUUGUAGUUGUCCUCUUCUUAGGCUGCGUGUAAACGGACGCAACAACUCCCAACAUUGUUGCGCCAACAAUGUUGGGAGUUGUUGCGUGCUUGUUGGCUGUGGUGUGCAAACGGAUGCAACAACUCUCAACAAUGUUGGCACCUGCAGUGCAUUGUGGGAAGGAUACAACCCAUAAGUCUUUGUAAUCCAUGCGUAAUGAGCGUGCGUGGCCCCAACAAUGUUGGAAGAGCUGUGCAAACGGAUCCAACAUUGUUGCGCUACGCUUCGGCGAUCACGGAACAAAAGAAAUGUUGGAGUUGUUGGCUGAAAAGCUUGACCGGUUUCAAACUUUGCGCAACAACAUGCAACAGGGUGUGCAAACGGACGCAACAUGUAACAUCCAACAAUGUUGGGAGUUGUUGGCCAACAAUGUUGCGUCCGUUUGCACGGGGCUUUAGAAUCUAAAGGUCUCUAAUGUUAUUUUCAGCUCUAUAACGUGGUGGUUGACACAGAGGUAACUGGGAAAAAGUUGAUAAGUAAUGGCAAGCUCAAACGCCGUUAUACGUUCAUUCCAUUGAAUAAAAUAGCCUCCAGAACUCUUUCUGGCGAUGUUGUUAAAAGAGCUGAAGGUCUGGUGAGUUGGCCUUUGUUUGUUACAUAGUUAUGCAAAGCUGUAAAUAAUUUUUGCUUCUUGAAUGGACAUAUGUCAUCCUUUUGAUCGGACCUAGUCAAUGAACGAUGUAUGCAUGCAUGCAGUAGGCGUCUUCAACAAUAAUUGAGCAUUGUNAACCCCCCCCCCCCCCCCCCCAAACUCGUAACGCAAAAACCCUCUGAUAAAUCGCCCCUCCAAAUACACGCCCCUGGGGGCUUGUACUCGGAAAUUGCCCUCAAAUUCAAAAUAGAACAAAGCAAAAACUGUGCAGUAACACAUAGAACUAUUACAUGUGCCCAAUGAUUAGAGUCAAAAAGUGUCACAGUAUAUUGCUGUUUGCAUAGUUCACUCUUCAGUGUUGGCUUGGAUUUUCUCGGUCCAUACAGACUUGUAAUAGUACUUGCAUGGCUGAGUUUUAGAAAGAUCUACGUCCUCAAGGCGAGUUUCAGUAAAAAUUGCUGCAAAUUACUAACAUAAAUUUUCUUCCUACUAUAAGCUAGCCCAAUGGAUUUUGAGACGCAUAUUUCCCUCCCAGUAUAAGCAUAGCCGAUUUUGAAAGGCAAAUUUCCCUCCGUAUAUAAGCCCCUCAAAAAGGACCUUUGAAAUAUAUAAGCCCCGGAGCUUAUUUUCGGAAUUUUACGGUAUUUUAUGCAGAAAUAUCAUUUCGUUGGUAAGAAAAUUCUUAUGCCAAUGCUCUAAGGCCCCGACCACACGUAUCUGGUUUUGUUUGAACUUGGAGAUUUUUUGUCCGUUUUCCAAAAAAUCCGCGUCCACCGAUUGCGUUUUUGAAUUGGUUUUGUCCGUCAACAUGCAACUGUAAACGGUACCAUCUUUGACGGGAGUAUGCGCAUUUACUGGUAUCCAACUCCGGGACGUAAUCGUUUUCAACAACUUUUCUUUUAUCCUUCCACACGAGAACAUUAAGACGGUGAAACAUCCUCGAACUGGAGAGCGUUUUUGUUAAGAUGCGUUUCCGGUAACCGUUUUCACCGGAUACGUGUGGACAGUAGGCCAAACCGAAGAAAAAAAUCUCCGUUUUCAAACAAAGACAGCAAACCGUGUAUUUGUUUGUUUGCUUGUUAUUUCGCUUUCAUUUUUUGUUUAUAAUUGCCGUGACUAAUAUCUGAGAGCCUGGAACGUCCUCUUUGCUUCAGCAACCUCCUUUUACUCCCUGAAUUAAUUUUCCAAUAAUUUAACUUUUUGUUUAAAGCUUUUAACAUUCAUUCUCAAUGCAGUAAAACUUGUUUCUUGCUAGGUUGGUAAAGAUAAUGUCUACCUCGCUCUUUCCCUUGUUGGCUAUGAUGAGGAAAUCAAGGCUGCUAUGGCUUAUGUCUUUGGUACCACGUUUGUGUGUGACAACAUGGACAACGCCAAAAAGGUUGGAAUCAAAAGCGUUUUUAAUAUUCUAACUUUGUACAAUGAAGGUCAAAAGUAUUACAACGCUUAACAACCUCGUCCCCGAGCAAUGUUUUGUAAUUUGGUUACCCCGUAUACUUCGUCGUCAUCAUCAUCAUCAUCCUUCGACCACUGGAAAGGACGGGGCAUUUAUAGAGAUCUCCUCCCAAACACCACGAUUCGCCAUCAUACAUCUUUUUGAAAAUCUUUUUGUUUUCAUAUCUUUGUUUCCUAAUAUAGUUCGGUAAGACGUUCCAAAUCUUUGGAGCAGCUGCAGUAAAUUAUCUGUCUCCAAGAAUACGUUUGAACUUAGCUAAAGGGUCUUUCAAAAAAAAAAACUCCCACUUUACACCGAAGGUUGUAGUUAGAACAUCGUCUAAUAUUUAUCAGGUCGCUCAAAUACGUUGGCGCCAGAUUUUGAGUAGUCUAAAAGAUUCAUGGGGCCUUCCUAAGUGACCUAGGGACAACUUGUCGGAAGACGGCAUUUUCGUUUACGAACGUUCCCAACAUGAGAGGGAGAUAUCCUGGGUGAUUUCUGACCAAUCAAAAACGGGUAAUGCAAAUGCUUCUGAAACUGUUCGGUAAGUGUAGCUGCUUGUUGUAAACUUUCGCCUCCGAAAAUGCCGUCGCCCCAACUAGCUGGCCAUGCGCCACCGGGGAUGCGUGCAUGUAUGUCCUUGAAAGUAAGUGGGUGACUGCUUGACAUAGUUCAGUUACAGUAAUUAAGGGAAAGGAUUUAAUUUUCGGGUCUUUGACAGGGCUCGAAAAAAGCUUGAAUUCUAUCUUAUCCUUUGGACAAGAAACUAUUACAUUUUGCUUGCCAAGGGCCGGCCAUUGCUUGCUUGUCUUUAGUAACGAAUGAUUUAGUUACCAUAUGACGUGCCUGGAUCCUUGUCCUUCGGACAAGCGAGGUUAACCCCUUAGGUCCCAAGAGUGACCAACAUCAGUUUUCUCUUAAUAACAUCAGCAGAUCAUCAAGAGUAAAGGUUAUGAGAAUUACUAAAUUGAUUACCAAAGGGAGAAUGCUUUGAUCUUAAACCAGAUUCUCUCAACUAUUCUUAAAAUAAAUGCAUGGAGAUCAUUCUGGAGAAUUUGUAUGUGGAUCUUGGGGCUUAAAGAAUUAAAAGGUUACUUGGACGUUUUUCGUACCCUGCUUUGACGAGUACACUAACCCGUAAUUUCUGUUUAACUGUAUUUUGUUGUUGUUGUUACACAGGUUACUUAUGACCCUAAAGUUCAGGCCAGGACAGUGACGCUGGGUGGAGACCUGUUUGAUCCCCAGGGGACCGCUACAGGGGGUAAGUGAGAGUGCCAGGUAAUUGUCACAAAGAACGAUGACUUGGUUCAUUUAUUACGAAUCCUUUGACACUGCUAAUACUAACCGUCGGCAGAACUGCUCUUUAAAAAUGGCAAGAUUAGCAAACUUCUCAGCGAUCAAACUACCCGAAACAUACGCCGCACGAAAGAUGUUGAGAGCUACUCCGCAUACCUAACUAGACCAACCACUGAUCACCAGCACUGUUGGCGCACUUUGAUCUGAUUUCGAAUCAAAUGCAUUUAUAUUGAAAGUGCAUUUGAGUAAAAAUGUAUUUGAAUUUGUUUGCUAAAAUACAAGUAAACCAAUAAGUUCUCGAGGCAUGCCGUACCCCACUGAUAAUUUACCUGUAUGCAUAAAUAGCAUAACAUUUCCUAGGGAAAUGCCCCAAAGUUAGGAAAGUAGCGCAUGAUUUUUCACCCGGCUUCACAGUGGUCAUACGAGAAAAAUUUGCAAAGCUAAUUAAAGACGUACUUCAAAGCUAAGGUUGCUAAUUUCACUGUUUAAAGUUUAUGAUAUUACCAAGACGCGGUUAAGUUAUUUUUGAACUUUUAGAAAGCUACUGAAAAAGGUUUUAAGUGUUUGAAAACUGAAAUUGGUAUUAUCGUCCUUAUCGUUGAACCAACUGAUAAGAUAUUUCAUCUGAAAGGAAUAUUUCGGUCUUUCUUGGUAUAAAUUAACCUGUAGACUUGUGUUUUUCUGUUCCAGGAGCUCGAUCAACGCAUACAUCAAUUUUGGUCAAGUUACAAGAAUUGAAUGAAGCCCAAUCUUUGCUUCAGUCAAAGAACGCUGAAUUAAAACAAGUUAUCAAAGAACUGGACUCUUGCAAGAAAGUGGCAGACAAGUAAGACGGAAGAAUUCAAAAUACUUUUAGCUGUGUGGUCUUUUUAAUUUAAAAUCCUAACCCACAAAAUCGUCUGCUGCAAGAGGGAUCUUCCCCCAGGUGCCCUUUCUAUUUACCUGAAGAUUUGAAAACAAAAUAUGACAGGGCUAAAUCAUACGCUGAAAGAACCAGCACGAAGGAAAACUAAACGCGCCAAUGAAUCACAUGAUCGAUGUAGCCAGCUACUGGACACGCGCAUGCCAAAGACCGCUGACCUUAGGCACUUAAGGCGCUCUUAGUUGUUAACUCCUUUACAUUGCAUUCAAAUGCAUCAUGCCAAAGCUGGCUUUAUCUUGAUAACAUCUUCAUGGAUGCCCCGCACCCCCCGCCCCCCGCUGAGCUUCACGAGGUUCUGCGAUACACAUAUUUCUAGUUUAAAAUGUUUGAAAUCGCCCAUAUGUUUCCUGUCCCAGAUUUCGGCAAAUAAAACAACAGUAUGAUCUGAAAGUACAUGAAGCAGAACUUGUGCAGGCUCGAUUGAAACAGAGUACUCAUCACCAUCAGCUGGAAGAGAUAGAGACAAUGCAGAAGACAGUCGGCAAGUCAUCUGAUAUCUAAGGGCGUGUUUACAUGGAGGUGGGGGACCCCAGAUAGGUGAGGUAACAUGUGGCGGGUCACCCCACCUAUCAUGUAAACGUGAUCAAAUUAAAAUGAGAGAUUAUAUGGACAGGCGGGUUAUCCUACCUAAGCGGGUUAGCUCACCUACCUGGGGUCCCCCACCUCCAUGUAAACAGGCCCUUAAUCACGUUAAUUGGACAAUUGCUCCUCUACAGUUAUUUAACAAUUAUUGGAUGUCUCUGAGUAUGAUGUGAAAAAUUUUUCAGAUCGAGGAGAAUGUUAUCGGCCUCGGUGGAUAACAUGCCCCGGGAUCUGCAUUAUUCUUCAAAUCAUACGAUAGCGAAAUUAAAAACAAAUUGCUUUACAUUGUAUUAUUUAUUCAAAAUAUUUCUAAAUUCUUAACAUCGUAGACUUUCUUCAAAACUUUGGCCCACUUGAAUUUUCUCGGCACGUUUUCGGAAAAUGAACAGAUGUCUUGUCUUGCAGAUACCCCUCAAAAAGCAGAUAACGUCCAUCAAGCAAUACGUAUUCUUGCUUGCAUUUCUUCCAUUCAGUUUUAGUAAAAACUUCAGCUAUUUCGUCUUCCAAAGCGAAAGCAGUGAACACCAUUCUUGUUAGUUAACUAUUGCCCAAGUAGCCUCGUUUCCAGGUCAACUUAAUUACCAUCGAAUCUUCCAAAUAUGGUAAGCGCCAGUUGGUUAUCAGGAAUUAGCUGGGGGAUUGGAACCAAUUAAGAAACGGUGAAAUGUUCUGAAUGAAUAACAGCUAUUACUUGCGUGUUUUGUUGUGAUCUUCACUAAAAAUUGCUGUGUGGAAGGUGGAGCUUGGCGGAUUUUUUUUUCCAAACAAAAUCAUUGCAACGCUUGUCAAACAUGGUUUGCCGUAUUCUUUCCUGUGCCAUGUCCGAUUGCGUAAGGUGUUGUGGUGAAGUGUUGCUACUUUUUUUGAUUGGCUGAAAAAACUCGUGCCACCUUGUCGGCCAAUCAAAUGUUAAGGUAAAACCCAUUAGUUUCUUGCGCUCAUGCAACUUCCCGCCCUUUUCCCCCGGGCUUUGUGGCUAGCUAGUAAGGACGUUCAGCCCAACAUACUACUCGUUGACUUCCUGGAUCAAUAAUGGUUUUGUAUGUUUGGUAGUUCUCAGUAAAUUUUAGUAAUUUGGGACUUCAACCUCGCUACGAAGUGGAGGGGUAAUCCACAGUACAAUCAGAAUCUGAAUCUUUCCUGUUUUCUUUGCAGAGGAACAACAGGAGCUUAUGACGAAAGCGAAGGAAACAAUUGCAUCUGCGACUGAGAAAUGCAAAGAUGUCGAAAAUAAAAUGAAGGUUGGUUUAUCAGCAGGGGUCGUACGCAUCUUGAAAAUCCUUGAAUUUUUAGAGUCCUUGAAAUUCUCUUUUAUUCAUUUUGGUCCUUGAAAGUCCUUUGAAAAAACAAUGACAUUGAGGAAAUGAAAGUCAGGUAUGGACAGCCUGUGAUCCAAAAGGCUGAGGUCUAGAAUGGUUUACCAGUACUGCCAUUGCAUCAUUGUUUCAUACAUGCACAUUGUAGGCGAUACUAAUUGUGCUUGACGAAAUAUUUUCGUAUUUUAUUUGGAACCUACAAUCGGCGACAAAAUUGUUGCCGAUGUUUCUUUUUACAGGAAGCAAAAGCUCAUCGCGAGAAGGAACUGAAAAAGGCAGAGGAAGAUUUAAAUAAAGCAAAGAAAAAAGCGGAGGAAUCAACCAAAAGCAUGAAAGGGAAACAGCAGGUAGUUGAAAGAGAUUAACUAUGAAUAGCAUUCUCCUAUUAAUUCCUCUUACUGUUUGCGCACAUGAGUGAUUAGGAAGUGAGGAGGUUUUAAGACGCAGCCUACUGUCAAAUGUUUACGGUGUAAAAAUUGUCCCCUUGGCUUCUGUUUGGUAUAACGAGUGAAGGCUUGCUCGUCGCGGAUUUUCAUCAUUUUUGCAAAGGUGCGUGGCUUUUGUUUGGUUUAGCGUGAGCGAAAAGCCGUAAUUCUCUCUAACAUCGCUCGCCGUCUACGGACAGGUAGACAAGGCUAUAUCAAGGCUACCUUAAGAGGAACUAGUGCUAGUAACGUUUGUCGUGAAUGAAGCAAAUUCCUGGAAAGCCCUUAAAAAAGUCCUUGAAUUUAUGGCCUGAAAAAGUGUACGAACCCUGAAAUUGUGAACUCUCAAACAACCUGUUUGCUCUUUGUCCCACGUAUAGGAAGUAGAAGAAAUGAAACUAUUAAUGGAGGAGCUGAACAACGAGGUUUCCAACGUUGAGCAGCAGGUAAGCUUAAGUUUAAAUGCAAACGAUACGAUACAGAUCGCGAUACAAGGACCACUAUACAAUUCACCGUCUAACCGAGCCGCUCUGGGCGAGCCAACGUUUCAUACAUUUCCUUACAACACGUGGCGAGUCGUUUACGUUAGAAACAGAACUUUGGCUCGGCUAGAAGAGUGACCCGCCUAUCCGGGUCACCCUCCUAGCCACGCCAACUUUCUCCGUAUAAACACUUUGGCUCGCCUGGCCGGGUCAACUCGGUCAAGGCGAGACAUCAAAGCACGAGCGAGCGCAGUUUAGACAAUCAGAGCGUGCGCAAGUGCUGUUUACUUGGGCAAAGGGGUCAGUUUUUUUCCACAUAAAAUCGCUCGCUGAAGUUAACUCGACGGGGAGAGUGACCUUUCUACUUGGGACAUCUUUCUUCACACAUACGAGGCCCUAGUCGCGUGGUACUAAUUUACGUUUACUGUUUAUCGUGAAGGUCAUUCUAAAUACCUCUGAUGAAAAUAUUUUUUAUUGCAGAUGAAAGUUAUCGACGAAGCGCUGGAAAAAGCAGAAGAACAAGUCACAAGAUAUACCGAGGCUGCCAAGGAAACAAAGGUAUUGCUGUUUGGUUUGUAUUUUAAAAGUACGUUUACAGUGCUAUGAGUUCGCAGUGUGCCUUUGAGGCGAUUUUUUACGACCCAGAUAAUUGAAGAUUACGUGGCUUUUAACUGGUGUUCAAAACUGAGGCAAACGUGUGUAGCUUAACAGUGGCAAACACGCGCAGCUUUUGCUUGGCUUUAGGGAACCGACGUUAACGCGUGCUGCUUUAGUUGAUGUAAACGUAGGCGAACACAUGCGGCUUUUGGCUGCUUCAACGAACGGAAGCAAAGUGAAACACGCGGGGCUUUUCUUAAAUGUGUGAACUUGCGUUGUGGACCGUUGGUCUGACGCAGACAGCCAGCUUACAUGUAAACGCUUCCCUCGCUGUCUUGCAGAAAGCAGUUCAAGAGGCAGCUGACGAAUUGAAUAAACAAAAGGAAGCUCUUCAGGCCUGUAAUGAGGUAUGAUAUUCACUUGCGUUUAUCUGUUUAAGGAGCUACCGACGGGGGGGGGGGGGGGGGGAAUUUUUGGGUGGGGAUGUGCCGCGGGGACCCCAGGACCCUGGAACCCUUAGCCUAUGCUAGAGCUAGUUUAAAUGAAUUAAUUUUGUUACCCUAUACUAGACUAAACUCCCCAAAUCCCCCCUCAGAAACCCUCAAUCACGGUCGUUUUGCCUUGUAUAAAUAGGCGAUCAGCGAGAAGGUCGCAGAGCAGCGAAAUUUGCAGAAGCAAGGUCAAGAUAUUCAACUGCAACUGAAAGAGAUGGAUCAUAAGGUGAACAAGUUUCAUAAAGACAGCAAAGACGCAGCCACCAAGGUAUGCUAUUCUCUUGACCGCAUUUCAAGUUGAAGGACUUUGAAGUGUGGCUUUAACUGGCGUAAAUGAGACAAAAACAGAGUCGCCAUGAUCAAGAAAAAAGUGAAACGUGUUCGAGACCAGGAAAAAGUCAGUGUAUGUUGCAAAAGAGACUCAGAAAUUGUCAGAAAAACUCAAACAGUCGAACCUCCACUAACGUCCACCUCUCCACAAUGGGCACUUUUUUAAUAAUAAUAAUAAUAAUAAUAAUAAUAAUAAUAAUAAUAAUAAUAAUAAUAAUAUUUAUAGAGGGAGCCCAACUCGCCAAGGCGGUUUUCAGUGGGCUCUCAUGCAUUGACUCCUGUUUCAACCUCUCUGCAACGAGCCACAUUCUUCUGUCCCCAAGGUGGCUAUUGUUGAGAGGUUCAACUGAAAUUGUUGCCAAAAACUGUGAAAAGUGUUGCCAUAUGCUUUCGUGAAUAUUAUAAAUAUGAACAUUUUGUUUCGGGAAAAUACUGUGCAGUCGGUCCAUUUUGAAACUCCAAUUUCCGUAAAGAGAAAUCAGAAAUCACUCCAAAAGAAACAUAAAAUUCCAAGUGUAAGUGAGCGAAAAUGGAGAGAAGAAUACUGAUGGCCUUUGGCUGAAGAAAAUUGGAAAUGCAAGGUCAGUGAUAAUUAUUUAGAGGUCAUUUCAAAGUCAGGGAGUCAUUCAUUUAUUUAUUAUUAUUUUUAUUUUUUUAAUGAGUGGCAACCUGCCUAAAAUUAUCCUUUAUCCUCAGGUUGAGCAGAUGUUGGAAAAGUACGAAUGGAUCUCGAAUGAAAGGCAGUUCUUUGGUCAACCGAACACGGCGUACGAUUUUGCUGCUAACGACAUGAAAGAGGUGUCGAGACGACUGAGCAAGCUACAGGAAACUAAGGAGAAAUUAGGGAAAAAUGUCAACAUGAGGGCAAUGAACAUGCUUGGCAAAGCUGAGGAAAAGGUAAGGCAGUCAAAAAAGCGGUGGAUAGCCUGCGUAGCUGGCGGUAUUGUGUAGUAGUAAAGUGAAAUUUGGCGGCGAAGCCGUAAGCCGGGAAAAAAACAAAUACCGCCUGCCAGAGAACCAUGAUUUUUCGAAUGCCGCCCAUGUUUAUCACCUCAACUUAGCGGACCUCUUGGGCAAUAGAUGUUCAUUUCAAAGAGUUCAAAAUGUCACGGUUUGAAAUUUGUGAUUGGUGGAUUUCGAUCCGUUUUUAUUUUAAGGUUCCUUGCUUGUGAGCGUCGUCUUUCGGGUAAUUAUCGACUUGUUUGCUGCGGCUUUUGCGAUCUGUCUUAACACGAAAUGUUGUCCUCGGCGUCACUUGUAACAAUAAAGCAAAGUCUGCCUCCUUCCCUCGACAAAAAAUACCAUCGCGAUUUCCUUCGCUAUUGAGAAGUCAAGAGUUAUCCUCAGUUUUUGCUUUUGCCGAACCCUGUGGGCAAAAUUGCCAUAACAUCACGUCCAGCCCGCAGCUCCUUCACAACCAUUUCCUGCUUCCUCUUAAGAAUAAUUUUGUGCUUCUCUCUGCUCACGUUAAGACGUUCUAGAGCUUUAUCGAUACUUAAUUCAGCCGAGGCUACCAUUUUUUUCCCUAACAGUUUGUCAUCUGCUCCCUUGGGAAAUAUGCGAAGGAUCAUCUGACAUGACUGACAUACGUAUGGCCCUCGACCAAUCCGUUUUCUCCGCACACUGGUGUGGGCAUUGUUCAAAAUACGGGGGUUUUCUGGCAGGCAGUAUUUCAAAGACCUCGUCCCCACUCCCUUUUUUUGAAUCACGGCUCCGCCGCCAAAACUUUAAUCAAACGACGUUUGGGACAUCUUGUCAAUCUUGUUUCCCCUCGUCGAACUGCAAUUUUGUGUGCGGGCAUCCGUUUAUUGAGAAACCGAUGUUCAUAACAGAGCCCGCUGUACUAAGUGCACGGAUAUUAGACCUGGGUUCGAAGCUGUGUCCAAGCAACAUGCUGCACAUGCCCAACAAAGAUCUUACUCGAUUCAUACAGACUCUUUCUCGAGCACGCCAAAAUCGAGUACACGAAAGAAAGGCUCUGCUGUCACACUAGGAUGUCAAGCUAAGCUUUGUUAGUAUCAGAUGGGCUGUGAAGGCCCAUUAAAACCGUUAGCAACUCAGCACGUUUACAUGUUUUUAUUUGAGACCAGUAAAAUACUGUUUGAUAUUUGUUUGUUUGUUUGUUUGUUUUCGGAAGGACCAUGUCUUUUAGGGCUCUUCUGACGCAAAUGGUAUUAGAUUGGGAUCAAAUUAGGUUUUUGGGAAACUGCCCACCUCUGACCCCUCCCCUAAGCCAACCAACAUUUUGCCCUCAACAAGAAGUAAGUGUUAAUGUUAGCUUAGGGAUGGGGUAGGUGGGCAGUUUCCCAGACACCUAAAUUGAUCUCUGUAGUACAACGAUUUAAUGAAAAAGAAGCGAAUCGUCCUAAAUGACAAAGAAAAGAUCGCUUCUGUUAUCAGAGAACUUGAUGAGAAGAAAAAUGAAGCGCUGAGAAACGCUUGGAAGAAAGUUAACAAGGUCAGACUAUUCAUCAUUUAUCCAGUGUGAACAUAACACCAUUUUCUACCGCUACCUUUCCCUGGCAUUAGUUCUCGUGCACUUGGUGUGAACAUAGCCUCAACACUUGUGAUAUAAUUUGACCGUGUUUUCAUUGUAUCUGUAGGAUUUUGGCUCAAUAUUCUCUACUCUUCUGCCUGGAACCACGGCCAAGCUGGCUCCACCUGAAGGGCAAACAGAACUGGACGGCCUAGAGGUGAAAGUCGCCUUCGGCAACGUGUGGAAGGAGAGUCUUAGUGAACUGAGUGGCGGUCAAAGGUAAUGAGCCUUAUUUCUCUGAGGGCAAACCUCGCUAAUAAGUGUUUUAAUGAUAAAAAAUAAAAUGAAAAAAAUAGAUACAGUCCAACCUCCACUUACCGCCAACUCUCCACAACGGCCUUUUUUUCGGGGGGGGGAGGGCAGUCCAUGCAUUGAGUCUUGUUUAGACCUCUCUACUACGGCCACUUCCUUUUGUCACCAAGGAGGCCGUUGUGAAGAGGUUCAACUGCAAAAUAGAUAAAGAAUGAGAUUUUUUCUUUAAAAAAAAGUAUGCGUACUUAAUUGGUUACUUUUAAGCCCCUUCAGUUAUAGGCCGAUCUUCCCGUUAACAAAACAAUAUAUCAGAUGAUAAGCCCUCCCCCCCCGGAUUUAAGCCCCUUUCUAGCUUGUAUUACUAUGAAUUCGUUUUAUUACGGGCCACGCACGUGUAUUACACGUGGUCUCCUUGGAGGCAGCAAGUCUUAUGUGUUGUAUCCUUCCCAUGACACACUGUAGGUCACAACAUUGUUGGGAGUUGUUGCAUCAGUUGCACACCACUGCCAACUCAGACGCAACAUUAUUGGCCCAAUAUUUGCACGUAGCUUAAUACUCCAGAUGUUGUAAAGACUCAAUUAACUACCGGUUUCUUUCAGGUCACUGGUAGCGCUCUCUCUCAUUCUCUCCAUGCUUCUCUUUAAACCCGCUCCAUUGUACAUCCUCGAUGAAGUAGAUGCUGCCCUGGACCUCUCCCACACACAGAACAUCGGUCAGAUGCUCAGAGCACACUUCAAGCAUUCGCAGUUCAUCGUGGUUUCCCUCAAAGACGGAAUGUUCAACAACGCUAACGUUCUUUUCAAAACAAAGUUCGUCGAUGGCGUGUCGACUGUCACCCGAUAUGCUCAGAACCAGCCUUCCCGGGAUGGUGAUGGCCCAGGGCCACUGGGACGAGCAGGGAAAAGCACUGCGAAAAAGAAAGAUGAUCGAGGCAAAAGACCGAGGAUUGAGGCUCCACCCCAGCCCCUCACGCCAACACAAGGCUGAAGCAUGGGGAUAGAAAAUGGGUAGCCUGUGCUCUACUGCAAUUGUGAAUAGCUUCUUUUCAUCACGGCUCUGAACAACCACGUAUUGUACAUUGUAACACUUGUCUUAUUGAAGGCACAUGUUCACUUGAACUACUUCGCGCGCUUGUAUUUUUGUUUGUUUGCUUUUUUCACUUCAGUAAAGAAAAUAUAUCGCAUGAAGCCUUGAGACACGAAAAAUAACCAGACAAUAACCGUCGAAAAAAGUGAGAAGGAACUGGGUUCUGCUUGCUAAUGAUCUACUAGCUGUAGAUUUUCCGUCUGUGUUCUUCAACACGCCGCACAAACCGUCAGCCGUAAAAGCGACUCGUUUAUACCCUUUCAUAGCUGCUUAUGGCACUUGAGGGAGAAAGCCUUUGUUUCGGUUUGUAUGCUUACAAACCCAUUGAAAUUACUGAAAGGCUAAUUGAUUUUGAAAGGCGUUAUUUUGAUUUUUGAGACUGUGUAAAUCAGCAAAACGCUUGUGCCAUUUGAUUUGAUUUUCACAGAGGCAUUUUCAUACUCCCUAGGUGGCUGAAACUAUGGUUUAGUCGGGUAUUCUCUGAGUAAAUUGAUAUUAACUUGCCUUUUAUCUGAAUACGUUGGGCUGAGUUUUUGUGUAGUAAGAAGUGUAUAGUUAUCUACUGUAUGAAUAUGACUAAGUAUUUUUCAUCAUUCGUUUUCCGUUCCUCAUUUAGUCGAGGGCUUGCUACUUGUGUAUAAUGGGAAGCACUUUUGUUGUUUAAACUAUGACAACUGUCUUUGAGUAAACAAAGGGUUGCGACAGAAAGUAAUUCUCUGUUGUAAAGUACAAAACAAACUAGAAACUACAACAAAGAACAUUUCCAGUUUCCUUUAUUGUUGCUGUGGUAACGUGAAUGAUUGACACUCUUUUUGUGUAAAUAGCAUUCUUUGCAUCUUACAUUUUAAUACAUUCAAGCUCUUUACAACUACCAUUAGGAUACGAUAAGGGCGGAUGUAUUGAAGUGUAAUAAAUAACACUGUACAUUUUACAAUUUAUACUCUUACGUAGGGAUGCUA